CAGCCCCGCCGAAGAAAGCGAACGCCCGGGGGGAGCGGUGGUCCCGCACCGAAGCUGCGCGAAACGCACCGUCAGCCAUCGCGCUCCGAGAGGGGCGGGAACCGCACAGCGCCCACCCCCAUCAGCCGCCUUUCGGGCCUCUGCCGGAAGUGAGGGAAGAAGGAGAAGGGAGGCGGAGCCGGGCGGCUCUCCGGGAGGUUCGUUCGCCGCCAUUUUGCAGCGCCGGCCCGUUGGACCGCGCGGAAGUGGCGGCCGGCGAGGCGGGAAGGGACGGGGCUCGGCCGGCUCCUCCCCCGCUGGGGCGGAGAGGCGGGGACUGAGCGGGGCCGGGCCGCGCCGCAGCCGCGCUGGUGGGGGUGGCAGGGCCGAGCGGGGCUCGGAAUGUCGGCGUUCUCGGAGGCGGCGCUGGAGCGGAAGCUGUCGGAGCUCAGCAACUCGCAGCAGAGCGUGCAGACCCUGAGCCUGUGGCUCAUCCAUCACCGCAAGCACUCGGCGCUCAUCGUCAGCGUGUGGGAACGGGAGCUGCGGAAAGCAAAACCAAAUAGGAAGCUGACAUUCCUGUACUUGGCCAAUGAUGUCAUACAGAACAGCAAAAGGAAAGGACCGGAAUUUACAAAAGACUUUGCUCCAGUAAUAGUGGAGGCUUUUAAGCAUGUUUCAAGUGAGUCUGAUGAAAGCUGUAAAAAGCACCUUGGCCGAGUGCUCUCUAUCUGGGAAGAAAGGUCUGUUUAUGAAAAUGAUGUAUUAGAACAACUUAGGCAAGCUUUGUAUGGAGACAGAAAGGUGAAGAAGCGUACAUAUGAACAGAUAAAAGUUGAUGAAAAUAACUGUUCACCUCGAAGUUCUCCUACUGACCCUCCACAGACCAUGGAUCUCAUUAGAGCAUUGCAAGAACUAGAAAAUGCUGCUUCUGGGGAUGCAGCAGUUCAUCAGAGGAUAGCUUCUUUGCCCAUAGAGGUCCAAGAUGUGUCCCUGUUAGACAGGAUAACAGACAAGGAAUCUGGAGAGCAACUUUCCAAAAUGGUAGACGAUGCAUGUAUGUUGCUGGCGGAUUACAAUGGCAGGUUGGCAGCUGAAAUAGAUGAUAGGAAACAGCUAACUCGAAUGUUGUCAGACUUUCUACGAUGUCAAAAAGAAUUUCUUGCAGAGAAGGAACAUAAGCUGGAAGAAUACAAACGCAAGCUAGCCAGAGUGUCCCAAGUACGGAAAGAACUCAGAACACGCAUCCAGAACCUGCCUGACCUCUCUCGACUUCCCAACGUCACGGGCAGCCACGUGCACCUACCAUUUGCAGGAGACAUCUACAGUGAUGACUGAUUGCAGGAAUACCCUUCCGUAACCUCUACUUUUCUGUGAAAUGAGGGGUAGGUCAGACUGAUUGGUACUCUUGUAGUAUUAUUUUUGUAUAUUGUUGGAGAGUGUCAGUAAAAAUACUCUAAUAAUUUAUUAAAAAAUGAUUUAAAAAGCUGAUUUGUUUACUAUUUUAUUGGCAAAUGAACAUGAGGGUACAUUUAUAGAAAGUGGCAUCUGCAUCUAUUAUAUUAAAGAAUGGGUAACUAUCUUAUCUUUUGUACAGAUUUUGGUUGGGUGCCCUGUAAAAAAAAAAAAAA